UGGAUCUUCCGACCCGACCUCCAACGGCGAGGAUUAACCUGCACCGCUCAUUGUAGUGCGAGGAAUAUUCAGAUUGCACUUGUACACCCAUGAUGCGGCUCGCCUGUAUGUAGAGCGAGACGUCGAUCCGCUCGUAUCACUCAACUCGAAAGCUCUCAAACUUUGCUCUGUUUUUCUCUCUGCUUCCUUGAACCCGAUCGAGCUAGAAGAAACCAGCCGGACAUGGUGGUCCUCGCCAAGGCCGAGCUCGAGCAGAUUGCCCUCCCGGCGGCGCAGCCGCCGCUGGCUGAUGUCCGGGCCGUGGACCUGUCCGCCGCGCCGGGACCCGAUCGUGCCGCCGCGGCGCGCACGCUGGUUGCUGCAUGCGAGGAGCAGGGCUUCUUCAGGGUGACGGGCCACGGCGUGCCGCAGGAGCUGGUGCGCGCCGUGGAGGUGGCCGCGGCGGGGUUCUUCGCCCUGCCGCAGGCCGAGAAGGAGGGUGCCACGGGGGAGCCGGUCGGGUACGGCUGCAAGCAGAUCGGCGACGGCGGCGACCUCGGGUGGAUCGAGUACCUGCUCCUCUGCCUCACCUCUGCCGGGACCGUGCCGGCCGCUUCGUUCCCUUUCUCGACAUUGCCGUGCGCGGCUGCGGCGGCCGCCGCCGCGUCGUUGUCCGAGCCCUGUAGCCCCCUACGGGAGCUGCUGGAGGAGUACGCGGCGGCGGUGCGGCGGGUGGCGUGCGGGCUGCUGGAGCUGAUGGCGGAGGGGCUCGGGAUUGAGCCGGCGGACGCGAUCUCCCGGCUGGUGGCGGACCCGGAGAGCGACAACAUGCUCCGGGUGAACCACUACCCGCCGGCCCCGCGGCCGGAGCAGCAGGCGGGGAGGCUGCUGACGGGGUUCGGCGAGCACACGGACCCGCAAAUCAUCUCCGUGCUCCGCUCCAACGGCACCACCGGGCUCGAGAUCGCGGGGCGCGACGGCGCUUGGGCCUCCGUGCCGCCCGACGCCGACUCCUUCUUCAUCAACGUCGGCGACGCCCUCCAGGUGUUGACGAACGGGAGGUUCAGGAGCGUGAAGCACAGAGUGGUGGUGAGCAGCGAGAGGUCCAGGGUGUCCAUGAUCUUCUUGGGCGGCCCGCCGCCCGGCGCAAGGCUGGCGCCGCUGCCGCAGCUGCUGGGGGACGGCGGCGGCCGGAGCCGGUACAGGGAGUUCACAGGGGCAGGCUCGUCGACGACCGCCUCCGCCCCUUCGAGAACUAGCCGCCUCUACCGGCCAGUCUGACGUGCUAGCUACCUUUGCGUGUGCCGCGGCCGGUGUGCGUGCGUUCUUCCGCAGGUUGCAGCUCGUUAGUAAUUUGUGAUUAUGUGGUGUUGUCGUGUUAAUAAGGUGCCUAGCUAGGCCUAGUAUACGUGUGUGUGAGAUCCAUAUAGCAAGGAGUACACAGUACUGUGGUUUGUGUCGUGUGCUUGAUUGUUAACCGUGCAUGAAUGCCUCCAUAAUUUACGCGAACAAUUUCUGAAUUUUCA